AUGGAAGACCGCCAAUCCCUCUCUCUCCCUCUCCUUCCCGGCACCAGCGCCGCCGCCACACCCACUUCUCCCAACCAAUCCCCCUUCCUCUCCAACCACGCCGUCGCCGUCCGCCUCCUUCUCGUCGCCUUCAUCGGGAUCACUUCACUCUGGGCCAAUCACGAAGCCUCAAAAGGCUUCGACAUCACCAUUCUCAACAACGCCAAAGGCUCCCCCGCCGGUCAACGCUUCGAUCUCUUCUACGUCUCCAAUGACGAAGCCACGCGCCUGAUCCUCAACGCGAGUAACUUCGUCGAGAAUCUGAUCUACCCUUCUCAAACCUUUCCAAAGAAGAAGGUUAAGAGCGUGCAUCUCACUCUCUCCCUCCGCGAUCUCCCUUCUAAUGUCGCCGUCGAGCAUCUCGACGGCGGAGUCGACUUUGUCGUUUAUUUGAGCCCUUCGAUUUUCAACGAUAGAAACGUGAAUCACGCCAUGUCCGCUGCGAUUCUCAGAGGGAUUUCACGCGUGUGGCUGUGGAAUGGAGAGGGCUACGCGCCGCCUUCGCUUCUCGCCGGAAUGGUCGAGCACAUAACCGCAUCGGCCGGAUUUGUCGAGAAGAAAUAUUCGGGUGGGGUCGUUACCACGUUGAUGGCAUGUGAUCCCAUGUGGUGGAAGGAUAAGGACCCUACAGAGGUCGCAAUUUUUCUCGAAUAUCAAGAGAGACAGCAGAAGGGUUUCAUCCAACGGUUGAAUCAAGAAUUGAAGUCCAGGUGGCAGGAUCGGACGGUGGAGAAUGCGGUGGGUAUGCCAGGCGAGCGCCAAUGCGAUUCGUUCAAUUCUUCCGGAAUAAGGGUAUAG